CAGAACUGAACGGGAAUCCAAAAACCAAAGCCGGUUUAUUCGUAAUCCGCACGCUAAAAUCCGGUCCAUCGGUAAAAAUAUGUUUAUUUGAUCAGUUGCAGUUUGUUUGUUGUGAUGGCUGGAUUCAAUUUUCACUGUUAAUAAACAGUCCAUCCUUUGUUGAAUUAGUGUGCCUGUCUGUGUGAGUGAGGGUGUCGGCCCUUUUGAAUUAAGAAUUUUGUACCCGUUUAUUAUGUGAAAUUAUUGGAUUUGAACACAUUGCAAAUUAGAUUAAAUUAAGAUCGAUUUUAAGAUGGCGACAUUAAAAUUAAGCCUGGCAUUGCUGUUUGUGGCAAUAAAGGCAUCGUGCCAAAUGAUCUCCCCCUGUCCCAGAUUGUUCACGUACGAGCCACAAAACCCCAACGAACCUGACCGAUGGUACGGCCAACUGAUACUACAAAGUGAUUCGGAACUGCAGGGUGUUUGGCUACGGGUUGUCUUCGACAAGCCCUCCAUCCAAUUGGGGAAUUGGUUUGGUGAAGUUGAACGAAGGGAGCAAAGCGAAUAUCUGAUCAAAAACCCCCGUCAAAAACUGUUCCCCAACCAACCCAUGACCGUGAGGUUCUUCGUGAGGUUCAAGCCCGGUGAGACUCCCCCUCAACUCACUGGCUUUAGGUUGAACGCAAAGACUGUGUGUCCGGAAGGUUCGUCGACAACAGUGCCACCUUUAACCCAGAACCAGCUCUUCACCAACAGCGACUCAGGUCCGACAACUCCAAGCUCCGGCUCCAAUUGGAACGGCGGAGGUGGUGGAGGAAAUUGGAACGGAGGAAAUGGGGGUGGUGGAACUGGUGGUGGAGGAAACUGGAACGGAGGUGGAAACAUCGGGGGUGGCGACUUCAAUCGACCGGACGCUGGCGACGAAGUCUUCCCGGGUGAUUUCACCUUGAUCAACCGACCUGGCACGACCUUACUCGACACCACUUGCGGCAUUGUUAUUGAGCAGCCUAAACCUUUAAUAACUCACGGCCAGGUAACGCACGAAGCUGAAUUUCCGUGGCAUGUAGCACUAUAUCAUGCAGCAGGUAACGAAAGUGUAGAUACACCAGGGAUCGAUCUGACGUACAUUUGUGGUGCCUCAUUGAUCAGCAAAAUACACAUACUGACGGUGGCCCAUUGUGUGACUCGCAGAGGCAGGAAACAAACAUUAAAUCCGGACAGUCUGGUGGUUUACUUGGGAAAGUACUAUUUGAGGAAGUGGAGCAAUCCGGGCAUCCAAGACAGACACGUGGCACAGAUCACCCCGCACCCGAAUUACAACUCACAAACCUACAGUGAUGACAUUGCUGUUUUGAAGCUGACCGAUCCGGUCGAGAUCACCAACUUUGUGCGGCCCGUUUGUCUUUGGGCCGGCGACAACUCUUUGCAGGGUGUUGUCAAUAAAGUUGGUACUGUUGUUGGCUGGGGCUAUAACGAAAGUGGGAUCGUUACAGAUCAGUUGAUGAAGGCUGGUAUGCCCAUUGUUUCACAGGAGACCUGCAUCUAUUCGUUUCCGGACUUUUUCUCCAGAUUUACCAACAGCAAAACGUUUUGUGCUGGUUACAAGAAUGGUACAUCAGUUUGCAACGGGGAUUCAGGAGGGGGUCUAGUUUUACCCCAAGGAACUGGAAAAGGCACAGUUUGGCACAUUAGGGGGCUAGUCUCAAUUAGUGUAGCCCUUCAAAACACCUUCAAAUGCGACGCCAACCACUAUGUGGUGUUCACAGACGUCGCCAAAUACAUCGACUGGAUUAGGUCCUUGCUGAAAUGAUUUUGACUGCAUUUUGUGAUAGGGUUUUGUUCAUUUUUUCACGUUAUGUUCAUUGCCACGUUUCGUGGCCCAUUUUUUACUGAUUUUAUAUAAAAAACUAUGGUUUAUA